CUGAACGGAGCGCGGAGUGCUUGAGGGCGUUGGAACAGGUCAAAAAUGGCGGUAAAAACUACUUUCGUUCUUCUCUUAUUGGGAAUCGCUGGAAUUUUCGAGGUUCAAGCAGCUUCCAUUGCCACCGAAAAUGAUAUGUGGAAGAACCUGCAUGAAGAGGAGGAUAAGAGGGACGUUGAAGUGGACAACAUUGAUCCUGCGGAGUAUCUACCAACAGAUGACCUGGGAUACGAGGACCUCGCUUCUGAUGUUGCCGAUGGCUUUGACUACUAUAAAGAUGCUAUGGAGAGCAGAGCAGUGGCAUGUCAGGACGUCUUCGGAGCACUGUGUAAAAAGCUUGCCGGAAGCGACAGGCAGUGCACCUCUGCACGGAAUAUUCGAUUUGCCAAAAGGUUUUGCCCAGGCAGUUGUUCACAGUUCUGUAAAUGAUCCGGUCGCAGACACACCGAGAUGUCAAACCAGCUGGAUUUAUAUUUAACCUUUAUCCUUUUGACCCCAAACCAUUUCUCGUUUGUCGAGAGUUUUUCUAUCUCAAAAAGUGGCACGUCGAAUUCUCAACUUAAUACUAGUCAAUAUAUUGUAUCAAAGUAGUUAAUACGCUAAUUCCAACUAACACCUAACCGUUUCGAAGGGACACUUCAUUUCAUUAACCAAUAGCGAAUUGUUUCUAAGCUUAUUAAAGGCGUACAAGAUAUCUCGAAACUAUUCCCUGAGCUUAUUUCCAUUGAAAACUUUGCCGCAACAACAACAACAACCAUUUAUUUGUACUCACAAUUUAUAAAAUAAUUACAAUAAACAUUAAAUUAGUAUAGAGUACUGCCUGUCCAAAAUAACCAUAAGGGCUAAAAAGAAUGAGCAGACAUUAAGUUACAUAGAUUAUUUAUACAGUUAUCUGAAGCCGUUGACAUUAGUGUUCUUGUCAUUAAGCUAUUUAGAGCUCGAUCGAUUGAAUAAUAUAGAGUAACAUAAAGUUUUUUUUUCGCGAACCAAACUAACCAAUUAACUCAAAUCUUAUGUACCUUUGCUACAUGGUCAACUUGGGGCUUAAUUCAUAGAAUAAAUUACUCGCAGCCUCUAAACGGGCCCAAGAUUUCGAGCCUUAGCCAUUUAACCAAGAAGUCUCGACAUGUUGCCCCUCAUAAGUGGAUUUUGACAGCAAUCGAUUCAAGUUGAUCAUGUUCAAGUUUACAGUUUACUUAAUAAACUUAUCAUCUUCACAAGCUCGGCUGCUUAACAUUACAAUGGAUACCUAAAUUCUAACAACGCUGAUUAACCUAAAAUACUAACCAAUAAUUACUUAAUAAACUGCAAACCGUAACUUUGCCCUCAAAUCAUCUCUAAUCGUCACCAUUUCUUAAUCUUUGCUUCACCUUUAAUGUUAAAUCCCAAAUCCUGAAACGCUUUUUAGCUCUCCACAUAAACUCUCCGAAGAGUCGCCUCCUCCAGUGCCAGUCUUUGUAAUUGUAUAGUAGAUAACUCGGUGAAGCGUCUGUUGUUAUUGGUCUAAUAUCGCCGGAAAGACCUGCCGCUUAUAUUUAUUUCGGAUUCCAAUGAAUGGUUUCUAUUGCAUGUAUCGAAUUGUCUUAGUCAGUAAGGAAAUAAAGCUGGGUCAAAUGA